CUUGUCCAGCCUGAGGACUUGGAGCCGGGUGGGGAUUUGGGGAGCCCAAGGGUCCCGGCAUCUCCUGCAGCCCGGGCAGCAUGAACCCCUACGCGGGGCUGGUGAGCGGCCUGCGGGCUGCGUGGCUUGCGGGCAAGACGCGGCCCAUGGAGUAUCGCGUGGCCCAGCUGGAGGCCCUGGGCCGCUUCCUGGACGAGAAGAAGCAGGACAUCCUGGAGGCCCUGGCCUCUGACAUGCGCAAGCCCUCCUUCGAAGUGGAGAUCUCCGAGAUCUCCAUCUGCAGGAGCGAGCUGCACCACACGCUGAACAACCUGGGCAGCUGGAUGAAGGAUGAACAUGUGGAGAAGAACUGGGCGAUUCAGUUGGACUCAGCCUUCAUCCGCAAGGACCCCUACGGGGUGGUGCUCAUCAUUGCACCCUGGAAUUACCCCAUCCACCUCCUCCUGGUGCCCCUCAUUGGGGCCAUUGCUGCCGGUAACUGCGUUGUCAUGAAACCCUCUGAGAUCAGCAAGAACGCAGAGCGCUUGGUGGCUGAGACACUGCUGGGCUACCUGGACAAGGAUUGCUUUGCAGUGGUGACGGCCGGUGUGGAGGAGACCACAAAGCUGCUGGAGAACAAGUUUGACUACAUCUUCUUCACCGGCAGCCCCUCUGUGGGCAGGACGGUCAUGAUGGCCGCCGCCAAGCACCUGACCCCGGUGACGCUGGAGCUGGGGGGCAAGAACCCCUGCUACGUGUCUGACGACUGUGAGGUGCACAAUGUGGCCAGGCGUGUGGCCUGGGGGCGCUUCUUCAACGCGGGGCAGACCUGCGUGGCACCCGACUACAUCCUGUGCAGCGCGGAGAUGCGGGAGAAGCUGCUGCCCGCCCUGCGCGAGGCCAUUACGGAGUUCUACGGCCCCGAACCCAAGGAGUCGCCCGACUUYGCCCGCAUCGUGGGCGACAAGCAGUUCCRKCGCRUSCRGGCKCUGCUGGGCAGUGGGCACGCGGCCAUCGGGGGGCAGGUGGACGAGCAGGAGCGCUACAUAGCGCCCACCGUGCUGGUGGACGUGCGGCCCGAGGAUGCUGUCAUGCGCGAGGAGAUCUUCGGGCCCGUGCUGCCCAUCCUCACCGUGGCCGGYGAGGACGAGGCCGUGGCCUUCAUCAACGCGCGGGAGCGCCCGCUCGCKCUCUACGUCUUCUCCUCCUCCCGGAAGGUACUGCAGCGCGUGCUGGAGCACACAAGCAGCGGCGGCUUCUGCGGCAACGACACCGUGAUGCACAUGACACUUCCCGCGCUGCCCUUCGGCGGCAUCGGGCACAGCGGGCUGGGCUGCUACCACGGCCGCUUCUCCUUCGACACCUUCUCACACGUGCGCGCCGCGCUGCUGCGCGCCGCCGGCCGCGAGGCCCUCAACGCGCCGCGCUACCCACCCUACGGCACGCGCCGCCUGCUGCUGCUGCGCGCUGCCAYGGAGACGCGCCGUGCACCCGCCUGCACCCUCCUCUGA